UGCUCACCAGAUGUGAUGCAUAUUACCAAAGCAAUAUUUUUGUGGAUGCAGUUUUGGAGAAGUAAGGAACUAAGUUCAUUGGAUAGAAGUUUCGAUGGAUCGGUGGAAAGGGAGCUGUAUGAGAUCAUGACGGAGGCCUUUGGAUGGAUUUAAUCACUUGUAGUAGUGCUUGUCCAAAUUUAUCGCGUGAAACAGCCUGCGUCGGUUAGUCUGGCUGUUUUUCAGGGGGUGGAGCGUUGUUUUUUUCUUUUUUUUUUUUUUUUUUUUUUUUUGCAUUUUUGCAUUUCAGGUGUUUUUUUAGGUGUUUUUUUUGAGGUUGUUUGUGUGAGAUUGCUGAUAUUGUAGUGGGUUCGAGGUGGGUUGAUUGCUUCUGUGUCGAUAUUCCGAAGUGGGUUUUUAUGGACAAGGUUAUGCUCGGUGCAUAGGUCGCUGAAUUCAAAGUUGUGGAAAAGGACGGAGACUGAGAUGCUUUGAGAUGGGUGAUUUUUUAAAAGUGCGUUGAGAAGGGUUUUUCCAGAAAUCGGGAUUUAGGGUUUAGCGGUGGCUUCAUGUUGUGGAUAUCUGGCACAUGUUGUAGCGUGCCGCGUGGGUAGCGCGGCAGAUUGUUGAGACGAUGGCUGCUCAAGGUUCGCAGAGCUUGGUUGGGAUGGCGGAAGCGGAUGUGGGUGGUGGUGGCGGAGUUGGAGCCCCCCCUGCUGAUGCUUGGCUACAAGCGUGGCGUGCAAUUGCGCCGCAGUGGGAGCAGAUACGCGCCAAGGUUAAGACAGUCCCAGACGUUCCAAUAUUGAGAGUCAACCAGAUUGAUGCUGCAAGACUUGAUGUGGAGAUGACGGGUAUGCUCAAGGAGCAACUCAGUAGAGUUUUUUCUCUGUCACAGCCAGGUCUUCUGUUACGUUAUGAACCCGAGCUAAAUGCUUUCUUGGAAUUUCUAGUUUGGCGUUUUUCCAUUUGGGUGGAUAAGCCAACUCCUGGAAAUGCCCUGAUGAACUUGCGGUAUCGAAAUGAGCGCUCUUUCAACACAUACCUCAAAUUUGGCAAAGUGAGAACAGGUUUGGAGGGUGCCGGGUUGACAAAAACACAGAAGAUUCUUUAUUGUUUACUCGUUGUGGGAGGUCGCUAUGCAUGGGCCCGCCUCCAACUCAUAUCUGCUUUCCAGCGUUGGGGAGACCGGCAAAGGACAUCGUGGGCUCGUCGUGCAUGGUUGCUGUUGCAAAAAGCAGAGAGUUUGUAUAAAAUUGCGGGAUUUGCCAACCUUGUUCUGUUUCUUCACUCUGGAAGAUAUCCAAGUACAGUGGAGAGGCUUUUGGGAGCCCGUUUGGUUUAUGAAAAACCUGAUAUGAAUCGGGCUGUUAGCUUCGAGUACAUGAAUCGACAACUUGUUUGGCAUGAAUUCUCUGAAUUGCUCUUGUUGAUCCUCCCUCUUCUCAACAUGAUGUCUAUUCGGAAAGUUCUCAUGUUCCCCUUCUCUACUCAAGCCCCUGCAUCUAGUCUACCUGAGGAUGCGUGUCCAAUAUGUGAGGCGUGCCCCAUCGUGACCCCCUACAUGGCUCUUCCUUGUUGCCAUUUAUACUGCUAUUACUGCCUUAGAACUCGAAGUCUUUCCGACAGGAAUUUGAAGUGCUCACGUUGCAGUGUCAGUGUAGUGGCCUUGAAGCGAUACCAAGUUGAGGCUGGUUUAGAUGGCUCUGGUAGCACUGAUGCAGCGUCUCAAUGAAGCUUUAUUUUUAGAUCGUUUGCUCCUUUACCCUGUUAUUUCUCCACUUGUACACAACCCACUUUGCAAUAUUCUUAUUUAAAUGUGUUUUAUGAGCACAAAUUUAUGGUUC